AAAAAUUGUGAAACCUUAAUUCAAUAAGUUAGACGAUCAUUAUAAUGUUUAAAUCAACAUAUUCUGUCAUAGUUACUACAGUUUUACUUACAUGCUCGUUUUUGAGUAAGGAUAUAUCUGUAUUCUCACAAGACCAGGAAUAUGAAAUGUCUGUGUCAGCACCAGUUUAUAUGGUUAACUCUGGGGAGGAUUAUUAUGCGGUUUGUCAGUUAGCAGGGUUUGAUACGCUCUACAUUGUGUCCGAACUAAGAGUCAAGUGGUUCCACAACACAAAACAAGCGACAACCUUAUGCCUACUGGAAGAUAUCCUUUCAUACAAGUAUGAAUGCAGUGUGGAUGCCUCUCAAAAUAAAAACUUCAGCUUUAUACUCACUGUAACGGAUGUUGAAAAGUCGGAUGAAGGAAACUUAACUUGUGAGUUGUCAAAACAAAUAAAAGUGAAUGGGACACGGGUGAGGGAUGAGAUAAUGGACGUCAAAUCUGUUUCCUUUAAAGUGAGAGAUUUCAUCAAAGAUAUGAUUUUCAAGUUUGACCAAAACAAGCAAGAGAAUUUAACACUUUCUAGUAGUUCAGCCCCAAGACUCAUUGUGGUUAAUCCGGGAAAUUAUACACCAUCCUGCAAAGUGAUAGGAAGUACACCCGUGGCGGAAGUGAAGAUCAUUAUGGGAGAUACUCAGUUACAAGGGUCUCUUUUAUAUAUGGAAAAUGAACAGGGGAUAGAGUUUGUUGCAAAUGAAAUCGAGUUUGAAGCAGGCACCGAUACCACACUGGCUUGCAGCUCAAUAGUUCCUGGUCUUCCAAAAUCAGAACGAGAGAGAACAUUUAAUGUUCUUGUAGUCGAAAAAUUGGAUCCGAAAUUCAUAUGCACAAAUGAAUCAGCAGUUUUGAAGAACAAAAGACAUAAAGUCACGUGUAAAGUUUAUAACGUAAAGAGAAUUACGUGUACAAAGAUAGCAUGGCAGAGAGGAUAUGAUGGAGAAAGUCGUGGAUCAGGAAACUAUGAGGAUAUUAAUAUAGAAUGCAAGAAGAUUAAUAACUCUAUGAUUGAGACAACCAUGGAGAUUCUGAAAGUGACCUCUGACGACUUUAGGAUUCCUUAUUACGUAGUAUACAGUUAUGCGAAGAGGUUCCAAAUCACUAUUCCGCAGGAACACGUCAACGCUGCAGUAAAUAUUUGGGAUUCUUCGAUGUUCUUCAUUGCAUUAUUACAUACAACCCUCUCUAUAAUUUUGCUUUAAAUGUACGUUUAUCAAUAUAGGAACUCAAAUAUUACUUUGAUAGACUUUCAACUAUCAACGCACGAUAUAAUCUACUUACUUGACGAGAAAGAAGGAAAAAAGAUAUCUUGCUAUUUUUCUCUUUGUACAUACUCGUACUUCCUUCUCAAAAGAGAUCAUUAUAUAUUGAUCUUGCAUAUUAUAUUUGUUUUGUUGUUUUUUUUAUG